UGCUAGAGAUGCUUCCUGCUUCAGACAGCCUGCAAAGGAAGAUGACAGGAGGCAAGAGAGGCCGUGGAGGUGGAAAGGAACAUGCCUCGGUUUAGGAUAAGAGCCAGAAGGUUCUGGACUAACAGGAGACGAAGGAGGAGGCCAGCAGAAGCAAGCAAUGAGACGCAGCAACAGCAAGGAGAGCCCGAAACUCCUGUAACUAUAGACCCAACACUCUUAUUCCCUGAGCUAACAUUUGAACAAGAAGAGACAGGAGGAGGAGAGAGCUCUACUUCAUUAGAGACCAAUGACCAAUCGCUUCAAGUCCAAUCAGCUCCAGUCAUCUCAGAACCUGCUCCAGCAUUAGCUGCAGUGACCGAUACUGAUGAGCAGUCAAUACUUGAUCGUAUCAACACUGAUCCUCCUGCUCUCCCUCUCACCAAUCACUCAACAGUUAACCAAACAAGUAUCAAUCAAACGAGUACCGAAUCAAUGCUAAAUCAUGGCGGUAACGCUAAUUUCUCUUUUACCGAGAUCACUCCGUCUAGAGGUGACACGAUGAUUGCCGUGUGCACGAGUCAAGCAACAGAAAGAGCACUAAGCAUGAGUCAUGCAGUAACUACCUCUCAUGGGGCCACUAGCAUCAAUUCAUCUCUCAUCAGUCAAUCAGAGAAUUCAAUACCACCGCCCACACAUGACGACUCUUUUGUCCAAUCUUCGGAAGCAACUGAGAGACUACCUCAAAGAAGUGGAAGAGCUACAAUGAGUAGCACCAGUGAACUCUCAAGCAGUUCUACUGGUAAUAUAGUGACUGUAUUACUACGAGAGUCUGAUGCAGGAACUGAGGUAUAUUCAAGACUACUAGGAACAACAGUGCGACCGCACGUAAUCCAUCAACCGAGAAGAUAUCAUUUUAUUUGGAGCAGUGAUGGAACUGAUAGCCACUUGUGGUCUAGUCCGAUCCGUUUGAGAAGUUACCUGAGUCAGUUCUGUACUGCAGUCUCAAGGAGAGUUGUACCUCAUGGGGCAAGCAUUGAAGUAGUGCUCUAUCCUCAUCUACUUGCUAAUGCAGCACCAGGGUUUACUCCAAUCAGCAUCACUAGGAUAUACACCAUGAUUCACCCAAUACACCCUCCUACUAACUGGCAGACUCAGUUUCCAACUGAUUUUGCUGGAAACUGGUCGAGUUUUGUAUCCGAUAUAGGCAUGAAUGCAUUAGCUGGCCCACUUAUCGAAACACCACUUCAGACAUCACUUCCAGAUACUCUCAGACUACCUCUUUCUCCUCCUCCAGUUCCCCAUCAACAGUCGCAAGGUCUCAUUCAACACCAUUCAAGCUCACUAGCUGCUACUGUCUCUGAAAUAAGGUCAUCAGUAACUAUACCAGAUACUGUUGAGUCGCCUCCUCUUGAUUUAUCGGAAUCAAGCAUAUCGCAUGUCUCUCUACCCUCCUCUAACGGAUCAACACAGAGUCUUGGUCACACUGAUUCUGAUAGCACCACUAACACAACUACAUCAGUAGGAGAGCAUCCUACUGCUCCUCCUAGCUCCACUAACCUUCACCUUGAAGAUGAGCAAGUCUCUAAUGCCACGAGAUUCCGUUUCCCUAAUUUACCAAACAAAGGGAACCAUGAGUAUAAUUUAUUUGUUCCUCCUUCUUAUGUGCUAGGCCCUGUCAUUGGUGAAGGUGAAUUUGCAAAGGUUAGGAUGGCUUGUAACCUUGUUACCAAUGGAGCUGUAGCCAUCAAAGCAUUUAGACGAAGGAGGGGAGGUCUGUCUUCAUCAAUUGAUGAGCAAAUGCUACGAGAGAUUAAUGUUCUCAAGGGUCUACGUUGCCGGAACAUAAUUAAAGUAUUUGAGUCUCUUAUCUAUGGCGACAGAGUUUUUAUGGUGAUGGAAAUAAUGACUAAAGGAGACUUGAGAAAAUAUAUAAAUAAAACAGGAGCAAUGAAGGAAUCAAACGCCCGCAAAAUGUUUUCUGAUAUUCUAAAUGGAGUUGUGUACCUCCAUCAACAUUCUAUAGUCCACUUGGACUUAAAGCUGGAAAAUCUUUUACUAAACGAAGAUCUUGUCAUCAAGAUUACCGAUUUUGGCUGCGCCAGGUUGCAAGUGGGCAGCAAAAGGUUCAAUACCCCGUGUGGGAGCUAUGCAUACGGGGCACCAGAAGUCAUCAGUGGACAAAGUUAUGACGGAAUGAAAGCAGACGUUUGGAGUUUAGGCAUCAUACUAUACUGCAUGGUAUCAGCAAGGCUCCCUUAUGCUGAUGAUGGCCAGCUUGCAGAUUUGAUAUGGGAGAGACGACAAUCACCUGAAAUACCAUCAUGGGUGUCAAGCGAAUGCUGCAAUUUGAUAUGUUGGACGCUACGUUAUAGAGCCGAGAGGAGGAUUAACGAAACGCAGAUGAUGUCUCAUAACUGGAUGUGGAUCGAGAGCCGUAAACUCCCUUGGCUAAAACCGUACACUUAGUUUUGACUUUAGUGAGAGUAAAAAUAAUAAUUAAAAUGAUGUUACUUAUAAUAAUUAAUAAUGACAAUUUUAA